AUGACCCGCCCAACUGGUUCAACGGGGCCCAAGAGGCCAUACAAAGUCCGACAAGCCUGCGAUGCCUGUCAUGUACGCAAAGUGCGCUGCGAUGGCUGUAAGCCAUGCAUAAACUGCCAAGACGGGGCCAAAGGGAGUCCCAGCGAAGCAUCUAAUUGCCCCGAGCCAUCUUCUCGAAUCACCGAUCAAGUCAUCCGAUGGUGUCUUGACGCCUACUUCAAGCACAAGUAUCCGCUCACGCCGAUCCUCCAUCGUGAGACAGUCGAGCAAACUCCAGUCUCGCCCGAGCAAUACGGCCUCAUCACAGCCUGCUGCGCUGUCAUUUCGCUUUCUCCAGAGAUUCUCUCUCCAACAUCUCCCCACGAUGAGCUAAUAAUUCCAUCUGCCGAUUUCCUCAUCUCUGAAACCCUCCGCGCAAGACAGCAUUGUAACCUCGUCGAGCACCCAUCCUUGACACAUAUCCAGACAUCAUUCUUUCUCUAUGCCGCCUUCUUCUCCCUGGAUCAGGAUAAUUCAGCGUGGUACUACCUGCGAGAGGCCAUUACCAUCCUGCAGACGCUGCGGCUGCACGAGGAGGCCACCUACAGCGACAUUGACGAUCCGGUCUUGGCUACUUACGCUCGGCGCAUGGCCUGGGUGCUCUUCAUCACUGAGAGGGGCUACGCAUUGCAGAGGAAUCGACAGAUUACGCUGCAAAUUACCUUGAACGUACCCAUGGUCGAUCUAUCAGGUUCAGGUGCUGAGAUACUCCUUGGGUUUCUCGAUCUCAUUUCUCUCUUUCGCCACUUUGAUGCCGAUUUUAUCGCAAACCGGAACUCUGCGACUCCCUCAAACGCCGAAGAUCCUGGGCAACUAUCAACACUCCAGAAUCUCCUCAAGUACACGCUCCCUAACGUAUCCAACUAUUCCCAGGUCCAGCAAGCAGACCUCCUAGUAUCACGGCAAUGGCUCAAGAUCAUAGUCUGGAAGCUCUGCGCGUCAAAGACUCUGCUCUCGAGCACCUGCAGCGAAGACGCCAUGUCACUGCAUUAUCCCGUCACCGUCGCACGUGGAAUCGUACUCGCCUCCCAGCUGGUGUCGACUCAAGCUUUCGAGGCCAAUGGUAUUGGGAUACUGGAAAAGGUCUUUGAAGUGGCAUGCUCACUGGCUGAUCUUUUGUCAUUGGUGCCCGUGGGCAGUCAGGGAUCGACUAUGGAUGUUGGUCCCGUUGAUAUUUUGAUGGAGAUGGUGUCUUCUCGCGAGUAUAGACAGGAGUCUGCCUCUGCCAGUCGACGACGACGAGUCUGUUAA